AUGGAGGGUCAAGAUAAUGCGGAUGAGCUCUAUCCCAUCGCGGUUUUGAUAGACGAACUCAAGCAUGACGACGUCCUGCUCCGGCUCAACGCCAUCCAUAGACUCUCUACGAUUGCUUUGGCCUUGGGCCCUGAAAGAACAAGAGACGAACUGAUACCAUUCUUGGACGACUCCGUUGAAGAUGAGGACGAAGUCUUAACAGCACUCGCCGAAGAGCUGGGAAAUUUUGUUGAAUAUGUUGGCGGCCCAGAAUACGCUCAUGUGCUCCUUGCACCUUUGGAGAAUCUCGCAGCCAUCGAGGAGCCGCUUGUGCGGGACAAGGCCGUUGAAUCCCUCAACAAGAUCUGCGAGCAGCUGGCUGAACGACAGGUGGAAGAAUACUUCAUUCCUCUUACGAUUCGGCUCUCCAAGGCCGACUGGUUUACAUCGAAGAUCUCUGCCACGGGCCUGUAUGUAACUCCCUACAAGAAGGCCAGUGCCUCUGCACAACAGACACUCCGAACUCAAUUUGGCCAUCUUGUUCACGAUGAAACACCCAUGGUUCGACGACAAGCCGCAAACAACCUGGCCAAGUUCAUCAAAGAGGUACCAGUUUCUGUGGUGAUUGACGAGAUGAUUCCACUCUUUCAGCAUCUUGCCAGUGAUGAUCAAGACAGCGUCCGGCUGCUCACGGUGGAGGUUCUCAUCUCAAUCGCCGAAGUCAUUCCAAAGGAGCAACAACCCAGUCACGGCGUUCUCCUGACAGCAUUGCGGAGUCUGUUUGAAGACAAAAGCUGGAGAGUCAGAUACAUGGUUGCCGACAGGUUCGAGAAGAUUGCCAAAGCUGUCAAUGAAGAGGUGGUCACACGGGAUCUGGUCCCGGCAUUCGUCAAGCUACUUAAAGAUAGCGAGGCGGAGGUGAGAACGGCCAUUGCCAGUCAGAUUCCCGGAUUCUGCAAUCUGCUUGACCGCGAGACCUUGCUCAACGAGAUCAUGACUAGCAUCGAAGACCUCGUUUCCGACCCAUCGCAACACGUCCGGGCUGCUCUCGGAACCCAGCUGAGUGGCUUGGCUCCUAUCCUCGGCAAGGAAGAGACAAUCUCCCACCUCCUCCCCAUGUUCCUGCAAAUGCUCAAGGAUGAGUUUCCCGACGUACGACUACACAUCAUAUCCAAACUCGAAUUGGUUAACGACGUCAUUGGCAUCGACCUCCUCUCGCAGUCCCUCCUCCCUGCCAUUGUCCAACUCGCCGAAGACAAGCAAUGGCGCGUACGCCUCGCUAUCAUCGAGUAUAUCCCGUUGCUCGCCAAGCAGUUGGGCAUGAAAUUCUUCGACGAACAACUGAGUUCUCUCUGCAUGGGUUGGCUCGGUGAUACUGUUUUCUCUAUCAGAGAGGCAGCCACCCAGAACCUAAAGAAGCUCACCGAAGUCUUUGGCGUGGAAUGGGCGAGCCGAGCAAUCAUCCCCAAGGUCACUACCAUGAGCCAGCAAGAGAACUAUCUUUACAGAAUGACGACUUGCUUCGCCGUCACGAUUCUCGCUCCAGUCAUCACCCUCGACAUCAUUCAGAACAACAUCCUUCCCAUGAUGGACCGCCUCGUUUCCGAUCCCAUUCCCAACAUUCGAUUCAACGUGGCCAAAUCAUAUGCCGUUCUCAUUGAUACCCUCCGCCGUCUUCCCGCCGAAGGCACGCUGCAGCAGCUUGAAGAAUCAGGCAGCACAGACGCCGAACCCAGCCCACAGGGACUCGAGCUGAUAAACGAACAGAUCAUGCCCAACCUGGAGAAGUUGCAGGGAGACGAUGAUGUCGAUGUUCGAUAUUUCGCAACGAUCGCCGCGGGAGGCAGUACGACCGCGGGGGCGGAGAGGAUGGACACGGGACAGUAG